AUGAAAGGGACAGAUCCAGAACCUGUGGAAAUGGUGCCAUUGAUAACUUCAGAUUCUAGUACAGACGACGAAAGCAAUAUUAUUCAUGAGAAGGAGGAUAGUGAUUUUUCAUUUUCAAAGAUUCCAAAACACAAAAAGAUUCUUCUGGCAGUAACGGCGUUCUCGAACUUUUUAAAUGUUUCAUGUUUCUCUCUCUCCAUGUCAUUCUUCCCAACAAAGGCUGAAAAGAAAGGAGUUCCUCAAACUGUGAUUGGAAUUAUCUUUGGGGUGUAUGAACUUGUUAUUUUCUUGUCUUCUCCGAUAUUGGGAAAUUAUAUGACAAGAAUUGGAACAAAGUACAUGUAUCUCGCAGGAACCAUGGUUGGAGGAUUCGGUGCCUUAGUAUUUGGAGUGUUGGAUAACUUUUCAGACGAGAUGGUAUAUAGUGUCGUGUGUUUUUUAUGUCGCGCAAUGGAAGGUUUUGGAAGUUCUAUGUUUUAUACAGCCAGUUUUGCCACAAUCACAGGUUCAUUUCCAGAUAACGUUGGGACAGCAUUAGGCCUUCUACAGACAUCCGGUGGACUUGGAAUUAUAAUUGGACCAGCAGUUGGUGGUGCCCUUUAUGAGUUAGGCGGAUUUGGUUUGCCUUUUUUCGUCGUUGGUAGUAUGAUAAUACUUAGUGGAACAUCUGGGUAUCUCCUGAUACGGCAUAUUUCAGAUUCUCCAAGAGACAGACACAAAUCCGUUUUCUUUCUACUCAAGAAUCCUUAUACGUGGGUGGUUAGUUUGACAAUAACAGUGGGAUGUUUUGCUAUGGGGUUUAAUGACUCCACUCUAGCAUUGCAUGUUGAGAACCUAGCAGAGUUGAAAGGGAAACCAUCAUUAAUAGGGCUGAUGUUUUUGAUAUGUGGACUAAUGCACUCCAUCACCGGACCACUAUAUGGAUAUGUUAUCGAUAAAAAAGGUUAUGUGAUGAGCACGAUGACAAUGGGAAGUUUAACAACGGCGAUUGCUUACUUAUUGAUGGGGCCAACACCUUUAAUAGAUAUGUUACCUUUUGAAAUCUGGUCUGUCAUUUUGUCCCUUUUUCUGCUGGGAGUGGGUUUAGCGGGUGUCAUUAUUCCAACCUUCUCAGGCCUGAUGGAAUCAGCGAAAAAUAUUGGAAUGGACGAAAGUAUGGAUACACAUGGUGUGGUUUCUGGUCUAUUCAAUUCCUGCUUUUCUCUAGGAGCAUUUCUAGGGGCCAGUGUAGGGGGUGCAUUAGUGGAUCAAAUUGGUAACGAAUGGUCAACAACAUUCUGUGCGGGGUUACUAAUAAUAUCAGCUAUGGUCCUUGUACUUUAUGGUUACUGCAAUUAUUUGAAAGUGCAAAGACACAACACAAGAAGUAUUAUGAUUAUGUAAUCCAUGAAUAUGUUAACAGUAUUUAAUGAUUUCUGUAUGUAUCAAUUACAACUAUUCUCAUCAACCAAACAUAAUAAACAUUUAUUUCACAUUG